AACUCGUUCAGACGAUUUUCUCGUGAAAGUAAUAAGCGAAGAGUCCAAGUAAAAAUUAAAAUAAAUUGAAAAACGGGAAGGCAAAGUAUACUUAAAUUUUUGAAAAAAAAAAGAUAUGGAGUCAAAAAAGAACAAGAAAUAUUCAAGAUCGUAUCCGGAUACAGAUGGCGAUGAUAUAGUAAUUUCCGGAAUGGCGGGAAAAUUUCCAAAUUGCCGGAACGUGUCAGAAUACGAGUACAAGCUUUAUAACAAGAUUGAUAUGGUGGACGAUGAUGAACGACGUUGGCGUCAUUUUAAUCCAGAAAUUCCAAAACGAUCUGGAAAAAUUGGUGAUCUGGAAAAGUUUGAUGACUUUUUUGGGGUGCACUUUAAACAGGCCCACACAAUGGAUCCUCAAACUAGAAUUCUUAUAGAAACUGCUUAUGAAGCUGUAAUAGACUCGGGAAUAAACCCAAAAAGUCUACGUGGAUCAAGAACUGGAGUGUACAUAGGAUCAUGUAUUUCUGAGUCGGAGAAAACGUGGUUUUAUGAAAAAGUUUCUUCUGGCGGUUUCGGUAUUACUGGGUGUAGCAGAGCAAUGAUGGCUAACAGGAUUUCAUAUUGCUUAGGACUAGAGGGUCCUUCAUUUUUACUUGACACUGCUUGUUCCAGUUCGAUGUACGCCUUAGAUAAUGCAUUCAGCGCUAUUCGGAAUGGGGAGAUUGAUGCUGCAAUAAUAGGUGGAUCGAACUUAUUACUUCAUCCCUUUGUAACUCUCCAGUUUGCACGACUUGGGGUUUUAGCGCCAGAUGGAUUUUGUCGCCCUUUUGAUAAAAAUGCAAAUGGUUAUACCCGAUCGGAAACUAUUAAUUGCCUUUUUUUACAACGAAAACGAGAUGCUAAAAGGGUUUAUGCUAGUAUAGUUUAUUCGAAAACUAACUGUGAUGGAUAUAAACCAGAGGGUAUAACAUAUCCUUCAGGCACAGUUCAAGAAAAGUUACUCAAUGAAUUUUACAAAGAGAUUGACCAUUCACCAAAAGAUAUUGGUUACUUAGAAGCUCACAGUACUGGAACUGUAGUCGGUGAUCCUGAAGAAUGUAAGGCAAUCGAUAAUGUUCUAUGCAGUCAAAGGCAGGAACCGUUGUUAGUUGGCUCCGUGAAGUCAAAUGUGGGUCAUUCCGAAGCGGCUUCAGGGAUCUGUUCACUAGUUAAAGCUUGUUUUGCUUUUGAAACUGGACUAAUUGCCCCAAAUAUAAAUUUUUCAGAGGUUAAGCCUGUAAUUGCUCCUUUAGCCGAAGGAAGGUUGAUUGUAGUAAAGGACGUAACUCCCCUCCCAAAGCCAUGCAUAGGAAUAAAUUCUUUUGGAUUUGGUGGAGCUAACGCACAUGCACUUUUACAGGGCUUUUCCAAGGCAAAGAACAAUUUCGGAUUACCCCUAGAUGAUGUACCAAGGCUUCUUACCUGGGCUGGAAGAACAGAGGCUGCAGUUGCGGAAAUAUUUAAUGCUGUUGAACAAAAACCAUUGGACGCCGAAUUAAUUGGACUACUUCAAAAUAUUCAAGAAGAAGAUGUGUCCGGUAUGGUGUUCCGGGGCUAUGCAGUUUUUAGCAAAGAAGGAAAAGAGCCGGCCAAAUCAUUAGUAAGAGAUAUUCAACAUUACACAGGACUCCAACGACCUAUUGUAUGGGUAUAUAGCGGAAUGGGUUCACAGUGGUGCGAAAUGGGAAAAUCUCUUAUGAUAAUUCCACGUUUUCGGGAUUCCAUCGAAAUAUGUCAUCAAACGCUACUUGCGAAAGGCCUUAAUCUAAUACAUAUAUUAACAUCCAAUGAUCCUGAAACAUACGAAAAUAUUUUGCAUUCAUUUGUGGGAAUCGCUGCUGUACAAAUUGGAUUAACAGAUGUCUUGCGUUCUCUUAAUUUUAAACCGGACUAUAUAAUUGGUCACUCUGUUGGUGAAUUGGGAUGCGCAUAUGCGGAUGGUGGACUGUCUCCACAACAAAUGAUAAUGGCAGCCUAUUACCGUGGAAAGGUUAGUGUCGACCUAGAAAAAAUAAAAGGUUCAAUGGCAGCAAUCGGAAUGGGCUAUAAGACCAUUCUUCAUAUCUUACCUGAGUCUAUAGAAGUUGCAUGUCAUAAUGGUCCCGAUUCGUGCACGAUAUCUGGUCCAAUAGAUGAUGUUAAUAAAUUUGUCAAUGAACUAAAAUCAAAGGGAAUAUUCGCUAAAGCCGUGCCUUGUUCGAAUAUCGCAUAUCAUUCAAAAUAUAUUGCCCAUAUGGGGCCCCCAUUAUUGCAAUACAUGAAAGAAAUUAUACCGAACCCAAAAUUUAGAACAACAAAAUGGUUAAGUACUAGUGUUCCCAAAAGUGACUGGGAUAAAACUGAACGCAAACUUUGUUCUGCUGAGUAUCACACAAAUAAUUUAUUAAACAGUGUACUUUUUGAAGAGACAUUUUCUAUGCUGCCAAAAAAUGCAUUGACUAUUGAAGUAGCGCCACACGGACUGUUGGGUGCUAUACUAAAACGAUCAAUGCCUAAUGGCGUACAUAUUCCACUUACAAACAGAGGAAACAAAAAUAACGCACUAGUUUUCUUGGCGGCCCUUGGAAAAAUAUUUCAGAAUGGAGUUUUAUUACCGGUUGCCAAAUUAUAUAAAGAAGUAGAAUUUCCUGUUUCCCGUUCGACGCCCAGCAUUAGCUCGCUUAUUCGUUGGGAUCAUAGUGAAGAUUGGUUCGUGACAAAAUACGAAAAUAUGAAAACGAAAUCCAGCGGAGAGCGUAUAUUUCCUGUUAACUUAACUAGUGAUAACGAAGAGUUUAUGAGUGGCCAUGUCAUAGAUGGAAAAAUUUUAGUACCAGCUACUUGCUAUUUGCAGUAUGUUUGGGAAACAUUCUCUUUAAUGUACCAUGGUCCGAGUUAUAUGGACGUACCCGUUGAAUUUGAAGAUGUACGCUUCAUAAGGGCUACAAGUAUGCCCCAUAGUGGAGAAGUAGAAUUAAACGUUAUGAUUCACUAUGGCACUGGGCAUUUUGAGAUAACUGAAGCCGGUAACUUAGUGGUUACCGGCUUUAUUCGUGAGACUGAAGAUUCAAUUAUUCCGGAGGUUUAUUAUUUUAAAGAAGAAUCAGACUUCCCUAUGAUUUCCAAGAAAGACUUUUACAAAGAAUUGAGGUUACGUGGAUACCAUUAUAAUGGCGCAUUUAGGGCAGUUAAUUCAGCCCGUUCUGAUGGUCUGUUCGGCAAAGUUGAAUGGAAUUAUAACUGGGUAACUUUCAUGGAUGCAAUGCUUCAAAUUCAUAUACUUGGAACUGAUUCUCGAACCCUUUUACUGCCAACAAAAAUUCAGAAACUCAGAAUAAAUGGAGUCCAUCAUUUCGAUUUAAUGACUAAGAUGGAUUCAGAAAACCGUAUCUUUAACGUAUAUGUAGAUCAUAAAUUCAACAGGAUCAUAGCUGGCGGUAUUGAGCUGAUAGGAUUACAUGCUAGUCCGGUUCAGAGACGUAGACCUCCUGGUGUUCCAGUCCUUGAAAAGUCUGUUUUUCUGCCCUUUCGUAUGACUCAAACUCUAUCUUUUAAAAAUGCGGCUCGUGUUUGCACUCAACUUGCUCUUGAGAACAAUCUUGCAUUAAAAAUGAAGUUAGUGGAAGUAGAUACAGAUGGUAGAAAAACCGUAUUAAACGAUUUUAUUGAAUCCAUAGAAGAUUUACCAAUAAUUACUGCUGAUUAUAUACUUUUCACAUCUCAAAAGCUAGAAAACAUCCCAGGAGUACACAUUGAAAAUGGAAGUCUUUCGACUCAAACAAAUUGUCAUUUUCUUAUAUGUGGAGAAUGUAAUUUGAGUCAAAUUGAAGAUGCCAAAAAGUCUUUAGUCGAAAGUGGAUUUUUAUUAAUUCGAGAGAAGGCUAAUUCGCAUAUUAAAAAAUUGGAUUUUUCUGAGCAUUUCCGACCGAUUACCAUAAUUCCGAUAGAAAACAAUAAAGAAACAUUUGUUUUAUUGCAAAAAACACAACCCAAGUUAAAAAUUAAACCAAUUGCAGUAAAAGUGCCUCAAGAUGAUGAUACUUUUAAUUGGAUUGCAUUAUUACAGUCAUCAAUAAAUACAAAAACACCAGUUAUUGUAUAUUCAUACAACGAAGAUUUUAAUGGAGUUAUAGGAUUAGUAAAGUGUUUGAGAAAGGAGCCAGAUGGUAAUUUAGUUAGAUGUUUCUUUAUUGAUGACAAAAGUGCUCCCGAAUUUGAUUUGAACCACCAAUUUUAUUUGGAACAGCUAGCAUUAGGCUUAUCUUUCAACAUAUAUCGCAAUGGCGCUUGGGGAACCUUUAGACAUUUGCCAUUGCUUAAUACUGAUAAGCCAAUGUCUAGGUUGGAUCACAUCUAUGGAAAUAUUAUUCAACGUGGAGACUUAUCAACUUUAAAAUGGCUUGAGGGACCACUCUCCCCACAGAAUUGUAAGAUAAAGGUGGCAUAUUCCUCUCUGAAUUUUAGAGAUGUUAUGCUUGCAACUGGUCGAUUAGCGGUUGAACUUUAUGGAUCUAGUCGCAUAGAUCAAAAUUGUGUUCUUGGCUUCGAAUAUUCUGGAAUUGAUAUGGAAACUGGGCGUCGCAUCAUGAGUAUGGUGGUUAAAGGUGGUGUAGCAUCUUAUGUGGAGCAGCCGUCCAAACUUAUAUGGAAUAUUCCUGAUCAUUGGUCAUUAGAAGAGGCCGCCACUGUGCCUGUGGUUUAUAUAACGGUUUACUAUGCAUUUUUCAUGGCUGGCGAUAUAAGGAAAGGAAAAAGCAUUCUUAUACAUGCCGGAACAGGAGGCAUUGGGUUAGCUGCUAUUAGGGUUGCCUUAGCAUAUAACUUAGAAGUUUAUACAACGUGCAGCACACCGCAAAAAAAACAAUUUUUAUUAAAAACUUUUCCGGAUCUUAAAGAGUCGCAUAUUGGAAAUUCUCGAGAUACAUCAUUUGAACUAAUGGUGCAGCGUGAGACAGAUGGAAGAGGUGUGGAUUUUGUGUUAAAUUCGUUGGCUGAGGAAAAGUUACUUGCUUCAGUGCGUUGCCUUGGUAAGUCAGGACACUUUCUGGAAAUCGGAAAAUUUGACAUGGCAAAUGAUAAUAAGAUUGGAUUGGGAUGCUUUUUGAAAGAGAUAACAUUCCAUGCUGUGCUUGCUGAUGGUCUUCUUGUAGCUCCUGAUAAAGAUAUUUGGCAUCUCAAAAGCCUUAUUGAUGCAGAUAUUAUCAAAGGCAUUAUUCAGCCAUUACCAGUCAAGGUAUUUCCAGCUCAAGAAAUUGAACAUGCCUUUAGGCAUCUUAUAGGAGGAAAACACAUUGGAAAAGUGGUUAUUCAACUUCGACAGAAGCCAGAUGACCCAGAUACUUUACCUGUUCAAGUGCAAAAGCAAAUUUAUUUUAAUAAGAAUUUUAGUUAUAUUAUCCCUGGCGGACUAGGAGGCUUUGGAAUGGAAUUGGUUGACUGGAUGGCUUUGCGAGGUGCCCGAAAAUUGGUACUUAGUUCCAAACGUGGAAUUACAAAUGAUUACCAAUUAUACAGAAUGGCACUUUGGAAAUCUUACGGUUGCGAAGUCGUUGUUAAUACGUCGAAUAUUUCAACAAAAGAAGGAUGCCUACAGUUAAUUUCUGAUGCUGCUAAACUGGGACCAGUGGGAGGCAUCUUUAAUCUUGCUGUUAUACUAAGAGAUGGUAUUUUUUCAAAUCAAAAUGAAUCGCAAUUUCUAGAAUGUUUUUUGCCGAAAUCGAUUGCGACAAAAUAUCUGGAUGAGCUAUCUCGUAUAUCUUGCAAUGAACUGGAACAUUUUGUGGUGUUUUCAAGUGUUUCUUGCGGACAUGGAAACGCAGGACAAACUAAUUAUGGAAUGGCUAAUUCAAUAAUGGAACGUAUUAUAGAGUGUCGUAUUAGAGACGGGUUUCCAGGAAAAGCAAUUCAGUGGGGGGCAGUUGGUGAAGUGGGCUUAGUGGCAGAUAUGGCAGAAGAUAAAAUAGAUGUGGAAAUAGGAGGUACUCUUCAGCAAAGAAUUUCUUCGUGCAUACAAGAGCUUGAUAAUUUAUUAAGUACCAAAGAUCCAAUCGUUUCAAGCAUGGUAGUCGCUGAAAAACGGACGGGACGAUCGGGAAAUGAAAGUAUUGUUGAUGUUGUAAUGAAUAUCAUGGGUAUUCGAGAUUUAAAGACAGUAUCACUUGGGACGACCCUAUCAGAAAUGGGGAUGGAUUCGUUAAUGGCAGUUGAAAUUAAACAAACCUUAGAGCGUGACUUUGAGUUAAUUUUAUCAUCCCAAGAUUUACGGCAGCUGACAUUUCAAAAACUUCAAGAAUUUGUAGAGGCUAAAGAAAGGGAAAAUAACGACGGAGUAAAAAUGAUGUUUUCAUCAGAAAAUAAUAUUUUGGGUAUGGAGCUGCUUAUUAGAAACUUGGGCGAUGAAGCACACUGCAAUCAAAUUAUUAUUCCACUUACCACAUCAGCUAGUACUUCAAAACAGAGUCUUUCCCCAAAUAUAAUAAUACCUGGAUUGGAAGGUACAGCUGGGCGCGCCUGGUACCAAAUAGGAUCGUCAUUGCAAAGCACGGCCAUUGUUUUACAGCUCCAUCAAUUAGCACAUCUGGAAACAGUUCUAGAUAUAGCGCAACAAAGCUUUGAACAUAUUAGGCCAAUCUUAAAACAAACAGACCCGUUUUAUAUAAUUGGAUACUCUUUUGGAACACUCGUAGCUCUAAAACUAGCAGAGAUGCUUGAAAAUGCUGGCUUCCGUGGCCACAUAAUGCUACUUGAUGGAUCACCUCAUUUUUUGAAACGACUUACUAAUCUUCAGUUGGGAGAAAAAUUUUCAGAUAAUGACCUCUACAACCUUCUAUUUUCUAGCAUUGUAAAUCAUAUAUUUCCUGAAGAAACUAAAGAAUCGGUAGCCGAAGCUUUUAUAAAACUAGGAAACAUUUCGGACAAAAUGUCUUUAUUUAUGCAAUAUGUUGAUAAGCAGAAUGUAUACAGUAAAGAAUAUUCUGCAACAAUGAUAAAUGCAAUGUUUAGAAGAGUAAAAAUGACUUAUUUUUUGGAUUUAGACAGCAUAAGUAACUUAAAAUCACCGAUUACAUUAGUCCGUCCAGCUGAAGUUUCACUUCAAGAUAUAGAAGAUGACUAUUGUGUUUCGACAAUAACAUCUGGUAAAGUUACUCUUAAAAUAAUCGAGGGCAAUCAUACGACAAUGUUGGAUAAUCCAAUAUUGAGUCAAAUAAUAAAUGACUUUGACCCGACACUAUUAGAUGACAAAAAUUUUGAAGAAUAUAUUAAAAAUGACAAGCCUGUUUCUGUAGUAUAAAUAUUCGGCUACAUUAUUAUAAAUUUAUAGACAAUAGUUGAUACAAUAAGUUUUUAACCUAAUUUUUAUUUAUAAAUA